AUGGAAAGCAAACUAAUUCGAUUACUACCAACAGAACCGACAGGGUGUUUAAUAAAAAUAAAGAAUAUCAUAUAUUUUGAGAAGGAAGUUCAAAUAAAGCAUUUCCUCGAGCAUUUAGACGUGUGUCUCAUACAAACUAACUACGAACAAAAUGAAGGCCAUGCUUUAUUGCAUUCUAAGGAAGAAGUUUUACAUUUUAUGAAAUUAUAUAAAACAAUUUUAAAAAAUAUGAUAUUUUCAUAUUCAAAUGAGAAUAAUAUAGAAAUAGAAAUUUUAAACCCUAAUGAAGAAAUGGAAUUUUGGAGUUAUGCUCGAAAGAAUAAGCUAAAAUUUUAUAUUUGCUGUAAUUCUCUAAAAUAG